AUGCCUCCACCGGGUAUGUGUCUGUAUAUCUUGGACGCCCGCAAGAGCAGAAGUGGCCAAGGGUCUGCUUCUAAACCAGCCAAGUUCUUGGACCAGGAUUUCGACCAAAUGCACCAGUAUUGCCUCAAGAAUAACUUCAGGUUCACGGACAAGCAUUUUCCUCCAGAAAACAGCUCCAUCGGCAAUGGGGUUCUCCAUCCGAGCGACAUGGCCAGGAUUGUUUGGCGCCGACCACCGACCAUGUGUAGAGAUCCACGUUUCAUCCUUGAUGGAGUCUCGAGGUUUGACUUGAAGCAAGGCAAUCUUGGAAAUUGUUGGUUUCUUGCUUCGCUUGCAUCACUGACCUUUCAACAUGAAAUCAGGAAUCAGAUUAUUCCAGAUGGACAGACCUUCCAUAAGGAUUAUGCGGGAAUCUUUCGUUUCAGGUUCUGGAGAUUUGGAAAGUGGGUUGAUGUGGUGGUUGACGACAAGCUCCCGACCAUUGACGGCAGUCUGAUAUUUGUGCAUUCGACGGACCCUAACGAAUUCUGGGCCGCUCUAAUGGAGAAGGCCUAUGCCAAGGUGUGUGGCUCCUAUGCAGACAUGAAUGCCGGCAGUGUGUCUGAGGCCCUCAUGGACUUCACAGGGGGGGUGCACAUGAGUUUCGACCUGAGGGAGCCCCCCGCAGACCUCUGGGACAUCCUGCUCAGAGCUGCCAAGUCCAAAUCCCUCAUUGCCUGUGGCACUAAACCUGGGAAAACAGCGGCAAACACAGUAUUACCUAAUGGUAUUGUGGAGGGCCAUGCCUAUGCAGUUACAGGAAUAAUGCAGGUGCUGAGCAAUAACCAGCCGGUGAGACUGGUGAGGCUGUUCAACCCCUGGGGGCAUGGGGAGUGGAACGGAGACUGGAGCGACAAAUCACCCAAAUGGCAAACAGUGAGCGUACAGGAAAGAACCACUUGCCUUUCCAUUCAUGAUGAUGGUGAAUUUUGGAUGUCAAUGGAGGAUUUCUGCCGUAACUACAUAGACCUGGACGUGUGCUCUGUGAGUCUGGGCUUCCUGGACGGCUCCCCAGACAGCCAAUGGAAAUACAGAUGUGACGAGGGCCGAUGGGUGGCAGGCACUACAGCUGGUGGAUGCCAGAAUUAUAAAGACACGUUCUGGACGAACCCUCAGUACCACAUUCACGUAGAGGCCAUCCAAGGCGACCCUGCGAUGGACAACGGGCCAAAGAACCUUUUAGUGUCCCUCCUGCAGAAGUCCAACAAGAGGAACAGGCGGUUGGCCAAAAAUUUCAACAUCGGCUUCACUAUUUUCAACGUGCGUCAGCAGUCCAAAGGAACAAAGGGCAAGUUCCCAGCAAAGUUCUUCGCGAGACUCCCAGUAGCCUCCAGUGGGACGUUCCUGAACGCCCGUGAGGUCAUGGCGUUUGUCAGACUAGCACCCGGCGACUAUGUUAUUGUGCCGUCAACGUUCUACCCCAACGAGACGGCCUCAUACCUCCUCGCCAUGUUCUCCAAGACAGACGGCGGCGAACUCGAUGAAAAUUCUGUUGCCAGUAUGACGAUCUCAAGGCCAGUACAUUCUGAAGAUAAUGCCACAGCAGAAUCCUUGUUCCAGAAAUACACAGAUGAGUAUGAGGAGGUGGAUGCAGAACGGCUACAGAGGCUGCUGAAUGAGAAUCUUGUCCAGGGCAACUCACUGGGUUUUGGCCUGGAUACCUGUCACAGCAUGGUCGCCUUGAUGGAUCUUUCGGUGACUGGCCAUCUCAGUUGCAAUGAAUUUCUUCGAUUGUGGGAGCGAGUAGUUACUUACAGGGAAAUAUUUUACCGCACAGAUGUCUCCAAGACUGGGGAUUUAUCCCUUGGUGAACUGAGGAAUGCUGUUAUUGCUGCAGGGGUGCAGGUUAGCGACGACAUGCUAAACCUGCUGGCUUUCCGCUAUGGAGGCUCCAAGGGCAGCCUCUCACUGGAGAGCUUUGUAGCACUCAUACUGCGACUGGAGUGCAUGUCCAAGAUUUUCAGAGAGCUGUCAGAUGGGAAAGCAAUCCACCUCCACGAGACUGAGUGGAUGUAUCUUUGCAUGUACUCCUGAACUGAGACUUUCUCUGAAGGAAGUGGAAAUUGAAGCUUUGAGACUGCAAGUACGAGUUCAUGGUUCAGGACUUUGUUGUGUGUAAUGUUGUGUUG